GGAUCAGCUGGACGCAAGAAGCAUAGGUCCACGAUGGCAUCACCUGUUCCAGAUGCGCAUAUGACAGCUGAAAGGCCAGAGUGGGUAGUCCAACCCGGGCACCUGACACACCUGAAGCAGCACCUGUGCCAGCUGCAGUACCUGCCGGCACACCUGCAGCACUGCCUGACGUACAUGCAGACCGUGCUGGCGGGACUGGACACGCUGCGGAAGGAUGGGCUGCUAUGUGACGUGGUGCUGGUUGCAGAGGGACAGGAGUUCCCGGUACACAAGAACCUGCUGGCCAGCUCCAGCGACUACUUCAAGGCCAUGUUUACAGGGGGUCUACGCGAGGCACAUCAGACGCACGUAGAGCUGUUCGGACUGUCGGCUGCGGGACUGGGGAUGGCGCUAGACUUCAUGUACUCAGCCUGCAUCAGGGUUACCAUGGACAAUGUGGAAAACAUCCUGCAGGUGGCAUCCCACCUGCAGCUUACGUCCCUGUUGGGUCUCACAUGUGCGUUCAUGGAAGAACACCUCUCCGCGCAAUCAUGGCUUCUCAUAUACGACCUUGCCGACACGUACGCCCUGCCCUCGGCCAAGGAAGCCGCUCUACGGUUUGCUUUUAAGCACUUCAAGGUAAUCGCACAGAGCAAGGAGUUUCUUACACUUCCCGUGGACAAAUUACAGCUUCUUGUAGCAAGCACCAGACUUAUGGUUGAAGAGAAUGUUGUUUUGGAGUCUGUGUGGAAGUGGCUAAAGCAUGACUCUUCUAGGAUGGAGGAAUAUGGUGAUGACAUCAUCAGGCAUGUAAAGUUUUCACUCGUACCUCAGGAAAUUCUUGAAGCAUGGAAGGAUGAGAAUCCAGAAGUCAGGACAAAUGAAAAGGUGUAUGCGAGGUUAGACGAGUCUCUGUUAUACCAUAGCAAAGUCUUUGAGCAGCCCUUGUUGCAGACGGAACAGACACGCGUGCGUGCUGAUAGUGAGUCGCUGAUGAUUAUUGGUGGAGCAAAAACAACAGGGCAGUUGUCGCGGUUGAUGUGUAUUGGUGCCCUCCAAAGUGGUGACAAGUCGUUGCAGUUCAAACCAGUCGUCAGUCGGAUGAGAUCAGUUUGCUAUCACAGCAUUGUGGCGAUUGGUGGGUUUCUCUAUGUUGCUGGUGGAAUGGACCGCCCAGAUCCCAAAUGUCGCUCAGCGAGGAAAGAGGUUCAUCGCUACGACCCACGGUCCCAAGCCUGGCUGCAGGUGGGCUCAAUGAUAGACAGGAGGGCGUACUUCUACCUUGCAGUAGUAAACAGUGCACUGUAUGCAGUGGGAGGGCGGGAGGCACGACAAGCCCACAAGUCGGUGGAAAGUUAUGACUUUGCUACAAACAGAUGGACGUACCAUUCCUACCUGCCUGCGCCGCUCUACGGCCAUACAUGCACGGUACACAAAGGGCUGCUCUAUGUCUCAGGGGGGAUGAAGGGGAAACACACCAUUAACGAGUUCCUGAGCAUGGAUCCUUCUGCAGAAACUGCACACUGGACUGUCAGACCCCCCAUGGGCUCCCCUCGAGCCUACCAUGCUAUGGCCUCCGUCGGAAACAAAAUAUUCGUCUUUGGCGGGUCACAAACGAUGGGUAACACCAUCGUGAUCAAACAGCUCGUCCAGUACUUCGAGCCUGAGAGGGACCAGUGGACGUCGCUGGAUCAGCUGAUGCCCAUACCAAUGUACGGCUUCUCUGCGGUAUCACACGGACGUUUCGUGUACAUGGUAGGAGGCCAGAGUGACGCACAUUUGGGAAUGGAGACCAGGAGGCCGCUGGUGAUGUACUACAACACGGAGACAGACAGUUACAGCUGGGAGGAAGUUCAGGUCAUGCCGAAGGGGGAGCUGAUUGGGUCGGCCUGCUGCAUGCUGGAGGUCCCCAACCAUGUCAUACAGCUGUAUGCUACGGGGGGGAGGGGGGCAGCGCUCCAAGAGUGAAUGUAGUGGUAGUUCUAUGGGGUGACAUGGAAUGAAAGAUACUUGAUAGUGGAAGGUCAUGGAAAAUGAACUUGUAGGCUUGGCAAGAUGUGGAAAUUUCAUAAAAGAUCAUGAUAACAAAACUGAUAAAAUAAUAUAUACGUUUUGCCAAUGUCUGCCAAUACGCUAUUCUUCAUCCGACACAAACAAAGCAUAAAUAGUAGGACAAACCACAAAAUAGAGACAAGAAAACCAUGAUACAGCCCAAACAUUGAACAGACAUUUAUAUUUACCUCAGCAGAAAUAACACUGGUGAUGACUACUGUUUUCACAGUAUUUCAAAUGACUUCACUUAGGCACAUGUGUAGAUUUGUACAGAUAAGGAACUAUAGGCAUGAUAUUGAUAGGGAUCUUUUUCUGACCCAAGAACUACUCAAGUUCACACGAUAACCAUGCCAAACAAAGGUUGACAAUUUGACACUGCUAAAAUGUGAAAAUGUCUUUCUAAUGAUCAUGUUGUCCAUUUUCCAGUUUUGGCAAUCCAUUAAUUCAAUGCCUUCUAUUGAUGAUUCAAAUAUAUAUCACUGUAUAUGUGUGAUAAUUAUCCAUCCAUAAUUGGUAAGUGGUCUGUAUCGCCUCCAUACUGUUAGAAGAUUGGACAAGUCUAUAAAGACAGAUUCAAACAUUUGUGGUUUAUAAAUAUUGUAGUGUAAGGUUUUCAUGCAAUACUCCAUUACUGGUACUUUAUCUGAAUAUCAAAGUGAUAUUACUGAAACCAAGUUACUCUUUUCUAUGAAGACAAACAGUGUGUACAGACAGACAACUAAAACAUACAUAGUUGCAUCCUUGUUUGCAUCAAUGCAUGUAUGUUGUAAAAGUCAGCUACAAAGAAUGUACAAGAGGCACAUUAAGUUACAGCAACAAACUUUCAU